AUGAGUACCUAUGAAGCCAAUUUGAACCAGGGCCAUGAGGAGGUCAACCUGAGAUCUGACCCUUCUGAGGCCAGCUCGAAACCUGACUCUUCUGGGGCCAGCUCGAAACCUGACCCCAACCCUGACCCUUCUGAGGCCAGCUCGAAACCUGACUCUUCUGGGGCCAGCUCGAAACCUGACCCCAACCCUGACUCUUCCGGGGCCAGCUCGAAACCUGACCCUUCUGAGGCCAGCUCGAAACCUGACCCCAACCCUGACUCUUCCGGGGCCAACUCGAACCCUGACUCUUCUGGGGCCAGCUCGAAACCUGACUCUUCUGGGGCCAACUCGAACCCUGACCCUUCUUUUAUAGCCAUCGCCGGCCACAUCUGUAACGAGUGGACAACGUGGCCAAUAACCUCACACCGAAUAAGUCAAUAUGGAGGGAGAAUCCAAGAAAGAUCCUUAAAGUGUACUCAUGAGUUAAGAGGAGCGCCGCUGUUAAAUAAACUUCUAUCUGAGGCAAGGGGCUACCACGAACACAAAGUGAUUGCAACAAAUCAACAAGGUCGUCAGGAGAGCAACAACAAGUUGCUAAUUGACUUAAUACCAAAGAAAUCCGAUCCUACUAAAUACCAAUUGGAAAAGUACCGACACUUUCCCGAGUCAUGCACUCUAUACUUUCCUCAGUAUGACCCUAAUUUCCGUACGCGGAUUCUGGUAAUUGAGGAGCCCCCAGCACCGAGCUAUUAUGGGAAAGGCUCAGAAGAAUCUUACAAGAAAUUUGUUCGAGGAGCCAAUCCUCAACUUAUAAUAUACAAAAUGACCCGUCCCCUUGCAGAUGGGGAGCUGUGGAGAACCAUCCGGUCGGGCACGAAAAACAAACCCGACGAAGAGGCCACCAAGAAUCUGAUUGUCAUAGUCGAUGCCGACGACCUCCGGGCCGAAGGAGUAGAGCUGAGUCGCCAUCUAUCAUGGGAAAGAACUGCAGAUGAUUUUGUUCGGAAUAUUGCAUCCAACGGAGAGCAUGGGACAGUUGUUUCUUGCGCACACCUCAUUGUACGAUUUGGAUGCGAAGGGGCUAUAUACUACCAGGGCCAGAAAAAAAGCUUAGCAACGCUACUUUGUAGCUCGGAGAAGGCUGAAGGUAACUUCAUUCAGUCUCAAUCGGAGCCGAUGGUAGGGUUAUCAACAGCUUUCACAGCCGGCCUAGUCUCUUCGCUCGCCAAAGAUAAGUCUCUGGCAACUUCUGAUACGCAAAGUCAAGGCAGAGACUGCAUUCACACUCUCAUAAAGAGAGGAAUUGUGCUAGGCCUAUGGAACGCCGACCGCCUAGCUUCGCAAGGGUUCUGGAGAACCAAUAUAGAGACAGACCGGGAGGCCCCACUCUACCCGUCUCUCGAAAUCACGGAUCAUAUUACAAUGUCACCAGAAAGCCUAAUGAAAAGUGAAAGGAUAGUUUAUACUGAGAUUCCGACCGCCCGCAGUCUUAGAGGCGAGCGCUGGUCAAUUCUCGAUGAAACGAUUGGUGAUAUUACGGAAGCGGCGUAUCGUAUUAUUAAGACCGGACCUCAGAAGGUGCUGAGCCAUGUGCCUACCGCCUCCUUUGGCAAGCUCAUAACAGCCGACAAAAAUGAGAUUGAGAGCUUCCAUUCUAUCACCAAUCUUGUACGAGAGUAUUUGAGAGCAUCUCGUAUGAGCCUAGCAGAGCCCCUUUCCAUUGGUGUUUUUGGGCCACCAGGGUCAGGGAAAUCAUUUGGAGUGAUGCAAGUAAUCGAGACUGCAGCAAAAGGACGACGAGAUGUGGAGAAGCUGAGCUUCAACCUGUCUCAAUUUGCUAAUUAUUCCGAGUUGGUAGCAGCAUUUCAGUUGAUUCGAGACAGAACGUUGUCGGGAGUACUUCCUCUGGUCUUAUUCGAUGAAUUCGAUGCUGGUCUUCCUGGUUCAAGUUGGGGAUGGUUGAAAUAUUUUCUAUCUCCAAUGCAAGACGGGGAGUUUCUAGAUCAUGGCACAAUGCACCCCCUUGGGGCUGCAAUUUUCGUUUUCAUUGGAGGCACUUCCCCGACAUUUUCAGCUUUCAAAAAGAUGAAUGAUGAUUCCGAGUCCACAAAGUUUGCAGCUGCUAAAGGACCAGACUUCAUCAGCCGGCUACGAGGAUACGUCAAUGUCGUCGGUACAGAUCCGUCGGACGAUGAUGACAAGUACCCUAUUCGUCGUGCUAUUCUACUCCGCGCCCUGCUUGAGAAGAGGUUUAAUAUUGAACAAGGACAGGAAAUCAAAGUCGAUCCCACUGUUGCCAAUGCACUAUUGAAUGUUCCAAAGUUCCACCAUGGCGCUCGAUCGUUGGAAGCAAUAUUAAGUAUGAGCAGGUUACAAGCGCAGAGAGAGUUCCAAAGAGCGGCAUUACCUUCAGAGACUCAACUUACCCUACAUGUGAAUUCCCAGGAAUUCAUGGAACGUGUUAGGAGACGGAAGAAUCUGCAACCUAGACUACGUGAACAGAUCGCGGAAAAGCUGCAUCGAGAGUUUAGAGACUUUAGGAGGAAAGAGAUGGAAAAGAUGCGGAGGCGCCAAGGGAACGCUGGCUCGCUGAACGCAGACGAGGAAAGAAAUGCGGAUUCAACUACGGUGCCGUGGGAUAGACUUCCCGAGAACUUGAGGGAAUCAAACCGUCUAGCAGCUGACGACAUCGUGAUCAAGCUGCGUAUGAUUCAGUGCUACAUGACCAAAAAAACCCUGGAUGGAAGAAAUGCGAUAAUCGCCAACUAUUGA